AUUUUCCUCAUUGGCGCCUUCCCCCCUCUCCUUUCCUUUAAUCGUUGCGGCUGCUGCACCUUCAGCAUAACACUCAUCCCCUACAGAAGUGAAAUCCCUUUCUCUUCCCCUUUUUUCGGCCAACUCUGUAGAUUUUCUUGGUAUAGCCCCGCCCUCGCUGCCCAUCCAGCACGCCGAUUUGCACGACGUUCUCUCUUCUCCUUUCUACUUUCUGCGUCUAUUUUUCGGCUCUUACACCUGCUCCUCUGUACCAUCCCUAGACCUUAUUCCCUUGUAUCUGCACAGUAAUGAGAAGCCCUACAGACCCGUCCGCCUUCUCUCUCAAGACAAAAACCACCAACCCUGGCUGGCCCCGACAAUCGGAUCCCUCUCCAGGCCAGCAUAUCUCUGCUGCGACCAUGGCCAGCAGCACCACUGCGCUGAUCACACCGCCUGCACACACAAGCAGCAUCUCUUCUCCAUACACGCACCAGACCACAUUCCUGCCGCCAGCGAUGCGACCCGAGGACAGCGCCUCAAUGGACAAGGCACACUCGAAUUACCGGCGACCAAGCCCCAGCCAGCGCAGGGAGAGCAACAGCAAAUACAACCCGAACGCCAUUCCAGCCAUUGCUGACGCCGCCACAUCCUCAUGGUACCAACAAAACAAUUGCAACAGCUCGAAUGACCGGUCUGCCAGCGACUCCAUCUCGCCAGUGAACCUGUCGAAUGAGUCUGUCUACCAAGACAAGUACAACCGCCUUCGCCAGCGCUUACGUGAGGUGCUUGAGGAUAAUGCUCGCAUGGUGUCGCAACUCGAAGACGCCCAAGCAGAAAUAAAGCGGUUACGCAAGGAGAAGGACACUCUGCUGGACAGGCUUCUUCAUUCAGCAGACCGCGACGGAGUCGGGUAUGCGAUGUCGUCGUCGUCAAACUCGCUCUCGCCAUCCAUGUCAUUCACCUCCAACGAGGCAAACAGCGGAGCUGGUCGUGUCGACUCCCAUGUCGCCUCUGAUGUGCCACCACCCCAGUUCCACUAUCAGGUGUAUGGCGGUGCCCGUCCAGAUUCUAGCAACCCGAUGCUCGCCAGUGGAGGCCGUCCAACCCCGAAUCUUCCAGGAAUCGCACAUAGUAAGGAGACAAUGCCCAUGCCAUAUGCCAACGGUGCCCGCCAGCCGCCUUCCUCGUAUUUCCAGGGAUCCUACCCGAUGCCGCAGCAUGCGCAAAAGAACCUGCCGCCUAUGCGGGCAUCAGCGACGCAGCCCCAGUUCCCACGGAACUCCCAGGCCACCAGUGGCGGGUAUGCAGCGCGACGGUCACUUGGCCCAGCCAGCCAGUCGUGCUACCACUCAUGCCAUAGCGACAGCAGCAGCAGUCCCCGACACAUGGAUGCAAUGAGCACCGCCAGCGACCACAUGAUGCAGGUAGAUCGGCCUCCAAUGCACCAGCAGCAUGCGCUGGCGGCAGGCUACCCGUCUGACAGCCACGGGCAAUACGGCUAUCCUGAAGCCAGCGGGGCUCUUCGAGUGAACGGCCCUGCCGGUGGCCACCCAGCCCCCCUCACGCCGACCACCCCGUCGUCGUACACGCCGCCUCACGGUGGCUACCCAGGCACGACCAUUUUUGAUGUGUCCUCAGCGAUGCAGCACGCAAACACCAGCAUGCCGCGGCCCGGUGGCAAGCGCCGUAAGCGCCACCAUGACAUCUCAUCCAAGGUGCGGUCAGUGCAGCCCGUGCCCCGUGACAAAGAUGGCAACUAUGAGCUGCCGGUGCAGGUCGGUAUCCUAACUGUUCUUAGUCUGGGGACGAUUGUGUGGGACCGCGAAACGUACCACAACGAGCGGUAUAUCUGGCCAGUCGGCUACACGGUGCAGCGCGAGUACUACAGCAUGGUUGACCCGAACAAGCAGGUGAUUUAUACCUGUCGUAUUACCGACGGCGGUGACGGCCCGCGGUUCCAUGUAGAGCCCGAAGACAUUCCCGGGUCGCCUAUCAUUGCCAACACAGCCACUGGUGCCUGGACCACAGUUCUGCGCACCGUGAACCAGAUCCGGCACCGUGAGCACUCCAACUCGGCUUCUGGCCCCGACUACUUUGGGUUCUCGCACCCGACUAUCGCCAAGAUGAUCCAGGACCUGCCGGGUGCCGAUAAGUGCCGGUCGUAUGUGAUGCAGCGGUUCGUCGAGAUGAAGGACCGACAUGUGCGUGGAGUCAUCAAGAAGGGGCGCGGCGGCCGUCCCUCACAGGACAUGCUCAGCCGCGGCCAGCGUGCGCUCCUCGUUACGUCGGGCACACGCAUUGGCGACCUGGACUCGUCCAGUCGGACCAGCGACCGGAACAUGGACAUACUUAGCCAUGACGAAGAUGACCAUGACGAGCACGACGAAAUGCACAGGAGCGAGUACUCGCCAUCGUCUAAGCGGAUGUCUGUUGCGACCCUGACUUCGAGCUACCACCCGGGAACAUCGGCGUCGUCAUAGAUUCGCAUUCAAUGGGCCUUUGUUAAUUUGUUUUCUCUAGUGUUUUCUGCAGCUAUCACGCCAAAAUUGAAUGCGAGCACGCCUACCCGAGAAGCAAAGCCUGCAAACAUCGUGCCUGUACAUCGCUCUAUCAGUUUGGCGAGUGUGUGGCUGGGCCAACAAACCUUUUCCACUUUAUCAAGCAUGUCGCAAUUAGAUAUCUGGACCACGC